CCUCGAUGUCGUCAAGAUCCGCCUCCAAUUGCAAAUCCACUCCCUCUCCGACCCAACCUCACAUCAUAAUGUCAAAGGUCCGGUUUACAAGGGCACGCUGUCGACGAUGCGGUCGAUUGUGCGCCAGGAAGGCAUAACCGUACGUGUCCCGGCUCGUGGAAACGCUGCGCCGACGCUGAACGCUGAAACCACAACCCACAGGGCCUCUGGAAAGGCAACGUCCCCGCAGAACUGAUGUACGUAUGCUACGGCGCCGCGCAAUUCACCACCUACCGCACAACCACGCAAGCGCUGGCCCAACUCGAUCCCUACCGGUUACCUCCGCCCGCUGAGUCCUUCGUCGCUGGGGCCUUCGCCGGCGGCUGCGCCACGGCGGCGACCUACCCGCUUGAUUUGCUUCGGACGCGAUUCGCCGCGCAGGGCACGGAACGGGUGUAUCGGUCGCUGCUGGGGUCGGUGCGGGACAUCGCGCGCAAGGAAGGACACCGGGGGUUCUUCCGCGGGUGCAGUGCCGCGGUGGGCCAGAUCGUGCCGUACAUGGGCUUGUUCUUCGCGACGUACGAGUCGCUGAGGCCGUCGCUGUCCGGGCUGCAUGAUUUGCCGUUCGGGUCGGGCGAUGCCGUCGCGGGGGUCGUGUCGAGCGUGCUGGCGAAGACGGGCGUGUUUCCGUUGGAUCUGGUAAGGAAGCGGCUGCAGGUGCAGGGCCCGACGCGCUCCUUGUACGUUCAUCGCAAUAUCCCGGAGUAUCGGGGCGUGUUCCAUACGAUUGCGAUGAUUGUGCGAACGCAGGGCGUUCGCGGUCUCUAUCGCGGCUUGACCGUUAGCCUGUUUAAGGCGGCGCCAGCCAGCGCGGUGACCAUGUGGACGUAUGAGGAGUCGCUGAAACUACUGCAGAAAAUGGACGCAGAUGCAGACAAGUAAAGCGCUCGCUCUUACAUGUGGGUGUUGUACAGUAUCGAUCUAUCUUUUGGGCCGGCGCAUUACCCGUUUAUGGACAAGACAUAUUAUCAGAUCAACUAGAGUAAUUAAACACAUGGAUUUUGAUAUUCUGAUUCUGUACGAUAAUCCGAAUCGCCCGCGGGGAAAAUUGUGGAAAUGGAAAACAACGCUAGGGAAGCAGGAACGGAAGGGGGUUGUCGCGAGCAGGCGGGAUACAUUGAGUUUUGCGGCAAGAAAUUAGACAAACCAAGAAUCAAAUCAACCAAAGCAGACCAGACGAAGGGCAACCAGGCGAUUAGUAUUCCGGCUCGUCAGCCUCGGGCUCCAGGCUGUCGCUGGCGACUUCCUCGUAGUCCUUCUCCAGAGCGGCCAAGUCCUCGCGCGCCUCGGAGAACUCACCCUCCUCCAUAC